AAUUCGCUCAAUUAAUCCCGUUUCAGCUUGGCACGCAUCCAGCCGCACUGCCUUGCCUCCCGUUUCGGUUCACUCCAUUCCGUGGCUACCCGUGCAGCUUUCGAAAAGGCAGCACCCACGCAUCGUCACGCAUUGAGGCGUUCUUGGAGCGACGAGCUGCGUGUCUCGCGGCUCUUUUCUAGCCUUAAAGAAAAAUAACGUCGUCGAGUUCCCGCAGAUGACGAAGAUGCUCUGGCGGAUAAGCUGGUCGCUGCCAUUCACACUCCUGCUGCUUGUGUCGCUAGUCGCAGCCUUGUCGCACAGCGACCCUCCGACGAACCUCAUCCUCAAUGGCGACAUGGAAGAGCCCGGCGUUCGCGGCGACGCCAGCGUCGCAGGCCCGCUCACGCGACGCCACAAGAAACGCCUGCCAGCUGGAUGGCACCUAGUCUCCGGGUCGAUUAAGUACGUGCGGCUCGAGCACUGGCCCGCAGCUUCCGGCGACCAUAGCAUCGCACUCAACGGGCACGGGCCGGCGAGCCUCGCGCAGCGUGUGGUAACCCGACCGGGCGAAUUCUACUUCGUGCAUUUCGAUCUCGCCGGCGACCCCGGGUUGGAAGACGAGGGCGCCGUGCGAACGCUGCGCGUAAGCGUGAUGGACGAGGAGAGCGGCGCGCCGGUUACCUCGCGAACAUACGAAUUCGACACGUUUUCGCAUGGUGGGGCCGAGGAGGCGAAAGGCAGUCGUGAGGGGAUGGGGUGGCGGUCACACACGCUCGCGUUUGAAGCACCUGGCGCUGCUGUCACUCUGCUGUUCGCGUCGACGACUCCCGGUAUUCACGGCCCCGUUAUCGACAACGUGCGCGUGCACAAGCAAAACGCCACGUCAGCGUUCCUCCACUCCCCAAACACUCUCUACCACUCUCCAACCAUCGAUACCGUGGGACCCGCCGCGACUCCCGAGGCGUGCGGGCGACGCUGCCUCGAGAUCCCCGACUGCCGCGGCUUCUCUAUUGACAUCCCCGUUCCCGGUUUAAGCGGCUCGGUACAGUGCCAUUUGAAGAUGCUUAUGAAGAAGCCAUCCAUGGUGGGGCAGAACCGGGCGGACUCAUACGUUUUGAAGCGCGCCGAGUGCUCGUUCGGGCACAAUAACGCGAUGCAGUGCCCGGACAUGCUGCCUAUAUCGGGGAUGCUGCCCAUGGCGUGCGUUGCGCACAAGGCCGCGAAACGGCAGGCGGAGCACCCCUUCCCCGGAACCUGCAAAGCGCUGAAGCGGACGAAUCUGUGCCCGUACGCGGGCGGGUACUUCGCUGAAGGGUUUGCUAAUAUCGGGAGCGCGGACGACUUUAGAAGGUGUUCCUGUGUGGAGGGGUCGGGGGGCAUCGCGCGGUUGCAAUGCGGACACGUGGUUUGAGGGCAGGAGACAGAUGGAGGGAGUCAGGCUGGGAGUGGGGGUGACGGAUGUGGGGGAUUCGCAGAGUGGGAGAUUCCCGAGGUGGGGGAUUCGCAGGGGAAAAUGGGGAAGGAAAGGGGAGACUGGUGGCGACUGCAGAGCGCAAGGUGGGGGAAACAAGUAACUGUGAAGCGGUAAUGCGGUAUGGGGUUCCGUGAAGUGGCGUGAUUGCAGGAAUCGGGGGCGGGGGGUGGGGGGGAGAGGAGGAUGGGGGAAAGGGAGGGGUGAGUUCAGCUCCAGGGACGGACAUAAACAGAGUUAGAUGGGAGCUGGAGGUUGGCCUCCAAGGGCACCCGAAAUUCACCCGAGUUCAACCAGCCGUACGCGUUGCUGCUGCAGCAUCCUCACGCAUCCGCUUCCUCACUCUCCCUCCUCGCUGUCUACCCUCAGUGACAAGGAAAUAUCAAGUCAGAAUGAGGCAGAAGGGCAGGGAGCCAUGAAGCAGCAGGAGGCGAUGUGGGGAAGCGCAAGGUAAGCCAGAUCCCCCUUCCUGAAGACUACACCCCAUACUGAUACAAUAAACAUACUAAUUGUUUGUUCGUGCACAACGGCCAGGAACAAACUGAGGCUAAGGGGUAAGCUUAGCAGAUCUUAAAUGUGUCCAGGGUUUCCUAGGAGGGCAGGAGUAGGAGCGUAGGGUGUUGGUGUGCUGUGUGCACACUAUAGGCAGCAAUCCGUUGUGGUGACUUUGGAAUAAUGCAAAUUCCUAGUUCAUAGAUAUCACUCACUUCCUUCACGUCGUAGUUCCAGUACCUCUAAUAACGAGUGACACUCUUG